ACCACUCAACAAUUUUGAUGCCAAAAGUAUUUUUAAAAAUAAUUUUGGGCCAGGUGUUUUUUGACAGGUUAUUAGCCUUCUUUCGAGUAAGAAAUUUGACAAAUCAAAAAAUUGUCAUCAUUCUAAAUUUAAUAAUCUAAAUUUAUAGUUAAUAAUUUUGAAGAUGAGUGGAGACGAUGGAAUAACGGUACAUGCUGUUGAGGAAGCUGCGAAGUAUGUAUCAGGAAAAAUAAAAGAUGUGGUUAAAAUAGCAAUAAUGUGUAGUUCUGAUCUUGAUAUCGUUUCUGAAAUUUUAACAAUAAGGCGGUGUUGUUGUAUACCUUACCAUGAAAUCCCAAAUUUCCCGAAAGUUGUGUCGAAGAAAUCGCAUCAAUUAAUUUUUGGUUACUUCCAUAAGCUUCCGAUUUUGAUUGUUCAAGGGAAGUUGCAUUUAUACCAGGGGUACACUUCGAGACAAUGCACGAUGAUGAUACACAUCUUAAAAGCUUUGGGAGUUGAUUAUUUAUUUUUGGGAAAUACUGGAGUUGCUAUAAACACAAAAUAUCAACCUGGAGAUAUCAUAUUAAUCAACAAACAUGUUUAUUUGAUGGGAUUCCCCGAUUUAUAUCCCGUGGAUGAACCGUUGAACGAGAAAAGUGGACCCAAAUUUGCAAAUCACUGCCCAAUUUACGACAAAAAACUUCUUUUAAAAUCAAAAGAUAUCUUAACUAAAGAUCUCGAAUUCCAAGAUAAACUACACGUAGGAACUUACGCGUAUUUAACCGGCCCGAAUUAUGCAACAGUUGCUGAAGUGAAGUUUUUAAAUGCUCGUAACGUUGAUGUUAUUGGUAUGUGUAUUGUACCGGAAGUAUUAGCGGCGAAACGUUGUGGAAUGAAAGUGCUCGCGUUCAGUUUAAUUACUAGUGUAUUCGUUAAUAACUACGAUAACGAUUCGGAAAGUUGUCAUGAUGAUAUUAUUCAAAUUUCAAACGAAAGAAGUCUUCUAAUGAAAGUGUUUUUAGAAAAAUUAAUUUCUUUUUUGUGUGAUUCAGAAGAAAACCAUUUGUUAUCGAAAUAUUAAAAUAACUUACCUACAAGUGUA